AUGGCCGCCCAGCAGACCAUCAUGCACGUGUGGCAGCAGCCCGCGGUCGCGCUCGAGGUGACGCGCUACAUGACGUCGCCCGACGACGUCCUCAACUUCCUCCACGCGCUGCCCCACUCGGCCCUGGACGACGUGCUCUGGGCGCUCCUGCGGCUCUUCGACGUCGUGCGUCACGACGCCGUGUGGCCCGAGGUCGACCUCGCCGCCGUCCCCGCCGUCGCGCGCGGCGUGUUGCAGCGAGCGCUGCCGGCGAUUCCGGUGAUUCGCGUGAGCAAGUACGUCGACAGCUGCGGCCUCGUGCUGCCGCCGACCGUGUCCGUGGUCGUCGACCAUGCCAGCCGCGCCCAAGAUGCCCGCGCGAGCCCGCGGCCGCGCACCGUGAUCAUGCUCCCGAGUGCGUUCUACGACUGCCCGACCAAGGUCGUCGACGUCACCCUCGACCUCUUGCCUGAGAACAACGAGGCCAUGUGCCGCGCGCUCACCUUUUGCACCAACGUCCGCACGGCCAAGGUGACAUGGGACGAGCACGUGCACUUCCGCUCGACGCAGUAUGAAGCGCCGCUGCUCGAUGACAUUCGCGGCUUCUACACGUGGCUCAGCGCGUCCCACGUCACGUCCGUGGUAUUUGAGGGCAUUGAUUUCUCGCCGCGCGGCGCCGUCUUCCUUGCGUACGCGCUCCUGCAGUCGCCUACCGUAAAGCGCUUGGACCUGCGGGACGUGCCGAACCUCACGCGCGCCUUUGUGGCCGCGAACCUGCCCUCGCUGCCUGCGUUGCCGCCCUUGCCGUCGCACCUCACGACGCUCCGCCUCCGGCUCCAGCACUGGGACGCAGACCUCGUCGACGCGUGGGCCAAGAAGCUGGAGAAGGCGCAUCUCACCGUGCUCGAGAUGGACGCGGCGUCCAUGACCGGCGCGACCAGUCUUGUGGCCGCGGCCGCCACGAUGCCGCGCCUCACCGACCUCCUGGUGGCGGGCGACCAUGUGCAGGAGCUCCCACGGCUCUCGCACUUGCGCCACCUUGAUCUAAGUCGCUGCUCGUUUUCGAGCCACGCGUUCCAUGGCCUGACGCAGCUCCUCGAGACGACGACGAGUCUGCAGACGCUGAGCUUGCGACGCGCGACGCUGACCACGUGCCAGAUCUCGGCGCUCGCCGACGUCCUUCCAUCGUGGCUGAGUCGGUGCGGCACGUUUCUGGACCUCUCGCAUCUCGAGUUGGGCCAGCUCGACCGGCUGCGGUCAUGUCUGUACAUGCUUUCGGGGAUGAAGAGCCCGUUGCGGCCGACGUUGCUGGCACUUGGGCAUAUUCGGGCCAUGGUGCUCGCCUCGGCGCUGGCGCAGCUCCGGCCGUCGCAUGCCGUUGUCCUGGAUCUCAGCCACAAUAAGCUGCCAGAGCUCGCGCUGCGCGCGUGCAUUCUAGCACUAGCGACGUGCGAGCGCGUGACGCUCGAUUUGCGCGCGAACGAAGCGCGCUGGGACGACGUCAAGGCCAAGGCCAAGCUCCUGAGCGUCCGCGCAGUCGCCAACGGCGUGUUUGCGUCGCCCGAGACGACGCACGCGUACUUUACCUCGCCGCGCCGCCCGAGCUCGUACACGUAG